AUGAUAUCAUAUUUGAUACUUGUAACCUUUUCAUUGUCAAUUACUUUGUCUAAACAAAUCACUGGAGUGUUUACUUCAUUUGAUUCUCUAGAGUGGGAAGGAAAAGGGGAACCUAUGCCAGCUUAUCCUACUUGGUGGGCAUCAUUAAGUUGGGAAAUAGAUGGUUCUAUUAUGAACUCUGGAGACACUUUUACCUUACACAUGCCGUGUGUUUUCAAGUUUGCUACUCUGGAAGAUCAACUAGAUUUGGUUACAGUAAAUCCAGAUACUGGUAAUCCUAUUACCUAUGCUGCUUGUAAUCUAAUUUCAGGAGAUGUCGUGGUUUCAUUUUCAGAGCUACAAUGUAUUUUGCUGGAAGAGGUACAAGCUCUGACUCACGUAUUCGGUUCUUUGAACGUUCCAAUUAUAUUUAAUAUUGGAUUCGCAGGAUCAAAUGUGGACUUGGUAUGUGCUUCUAUGUUUCAAAAAGGGACUAAUAUGAUUUCCUUCUCAGAUGGAGAUACUAUUAUUUCAACCGAGGCAGAAUUUGGCCAAGGCAGGACCCAAAUGUUUCGGGAAUCAUCAGUAUUGAACAAAGCAGAAUUAAUCUUGGUACAUGAUAACUUUGAUCUCUGUGGUGAAGGUCUCAGCCUUCUUGGUCUAGUCAUGGAAUUUGAAACACCUGGCGGCAGAUUUGAUUGCAACUCAAUGGGAGUGGGAAUAACUAAUGAAUUGAAUGCUUGGGGAGCUCCUACUACUUUUGAGAAGCUUUUAGAACCAAUUCCAAUUUGUGAUAAUACGCUUUUUGCUUAUGAUUUUCGCAGAGGUGUACCUCCGGGCUUUCCUUUUAUUUAUAUAUCGGUGAAACUUCCCAAUCGUCAGCCAUAUUUCAUAACUUUAUCAACCAUUUACAACUGCGAUGGGGGAGGUGAUGCUUAUAGGACGACAAGCCUGAUUUCAGGUACGUAUGCUAAUGAUGAUCCUGGUCCCGAUGUGGAUGCGGUUGAUCUAGUGACCCAAACAUAUACUGGACUGUCAACUCAAGUAAGCACAGUCACCUUUGAUCCAAAUCUUGAUAGGACCAUGACUAUUAUUGUUCAAGUCCCUGUUCCUACUGUUACUGAAACGUCAACAUACGACGGAAAGACAACUUCUUAUACUACCAUUACUGCCGAACCUGGAUCAACUGAACCUAACACUAGUACCACUCGGACAGAUGUACCUCCUGAUUUAGCUCCUACAACUGUUACUGAAACUAGAACUUGGACUGAUUCAACUACCCAUGUUACUACAGUUUCUUUUGACAGUGAUGUUGACAAAACAAUGACUAUUAUUGUGGAAGUUCCGGUUCCUACUAUGACAAUAACCAAAACAUAUGAUGGUUAUACUGUUUCUUAUUCUACUUUGACUGCUGAACCUGGAUUGACCGCUAUUAUUAUCGAAUACUUUCCAGCAAAGAGCGGGUCCCCUGCUGAAGAUGAUCCCGAUAAAAUCACUGAAACUAGGACUAGGACUUGGACUGGUCUGACUACUAGAAGUUCUACAUUACCAUAUAAUCCUGAUGUUGACGUGACUAUAACUGUUAUAUUGGAAGUGCCUAGUACUACUGUAAUUGCAACAGAUAAGGGAUCUGGUACCACUACUUCUGGCAUCCAGCACGAUCCAAUUGGAGGUGGAAAAACUGAUGACAAGACUACUGGAAGAGGAACAGUUAGAGAAUCAUCAACAUCACUGGUUAAAGGUGGAAGUGUUACAGUAAUGGAAGCUGGAGUUGGUUCACUUUUAACAACAUCAAGUUUAGCUAUUUUAUUAUCUAAUGUGGUUAAUUUGGUUGUUUUAAUUUUUUAGUUAAAAGUUUAAUCUUUACUUGAUUAUUACUUUUGUUUUCGUGUUUUUAAAUACUUUAAUUAUGAUAUGACAGAUUCUUUUAUAUUUGAUUACUUUGAAGUAGGUAUCUAUACAGAAAACUUUAUAAAUUAAUACCACUAAAAAUUGAUUUUGUGGGCAUUGAGACCACCUUCUUCAAUCCUUAAACAAAAAGAUCUAGUCCUUCCAACCCAAUGACUAAUGCAAAGUUCAAAAACUCCGGGAGUGUUGAUCAUCUAUCUUUAGAUAACGAAGCAAAAGAGGAUCCCCACAUUUGGGAUAUUUCCCAUGCAUUAUAUAAUCAUGCGGUCAUGCAGUCAUAAUAUGGCUAAACAUAAAUGACGUAAUGUAUCGGCGGUGCCCCAAAUGUGCUUAGAAAUUAUAAGCGAAUUCUAGAAGAAAAAGAUAAUUAUUCAGAACUGUCAAACUUAGAAUAAAAACAAAGCAAAUGCCACCCCUUCCCCACAAAAUGCAUAUCACUGGGGAGGAGGAGAGGAGGGGGUGUAAAUGUGGAGAUCUUAUUUAUGCAGGGUGACGUUGAUAGAAAAAGAGAGGUUACUGGCACGUAAUACCAGUCCAUG